AUGCUCAUAUCCCUGGGUAAGUUUGCUCUGAAAAUGGCUACAAAUGCCAUCGAUAUGCUGAGCAGCAACCUUAACCGCCUCUCAAGAGAGCAUCGUUACGUGGCAUAUGUUUUGAGCAAAGAAAAGGAGAAGCUGAAAGAAGGACACAGUCAGAUUGUGACGAAGUUCGUUUGUCAGUUCACCAUUUUCGAGUUCAACAGCGUUUCAACGCAGUCAAAGCAAGUGGCAAAUCCUUUGACAGCAGAGAAGGUGUUGGGUGUUCAACGGCAAUCGAAUUUUGCGGCCUUUGACGUCCCUCUGCUGUUUGCUUUGUUUUUCCACAGAUAUAUGUUGAGAAAGUUGGGACUCUGGAAGGGAUGCGAAUCUGUACUGUCAACUUCCAAAAUUCGACGUCGGUACGUGAUAAGGAGUGGGCAGUGUGGAGAUUAUCUGGAGGGUGUGACUUUUGAACCCCAUCUUCGCAAUUAA